ACUUACAUCAAAUUGUCACAAAGGCGCCUUUCUGUGCAACGUUGGAAGAGCAUCAACGAAUGUAGCAAACGAUUUUAAUUCUAUGGUUUUAAUAUAAAUAGACAAUUUUCGUAUAGUGUUGAGUGAGUAUUUAUAAGUGUUAUUGCUUUAGAACAAUUCUGUUAAAAAUUCAUUUCCUCCCGUCUGUGAUAAUUUGUGAAUAACAUUGCCAAAAUGGUUCGUACGAAGCCAGCCCGCAACGGCAACACAAAACGGAAUCGAACGAGCUUCCAGGAGGAAAAAGUAAACGCCAAAUUGCGCGAAUAUGAUAUUUUGGCGGACAGCCUACUUGUUUCUUUGGAAUCGCUAAUGAAUGAUACAUCGGAGGAGCUUUCCCGGAUGAUAAGAACGGAGAAGAAUCGAAUGCCCAAACGGAUACUCCAGAUGCGCAUGGGUGAUCUUAGGUUGUUAACUGGAGCGUCGACAUUCGCUGAUCUGGAUAAGCUCGCGAUCGAGUCCUGUGAUGGUAUAAGUUCGAUUAACACGAGUCAAUUUUCCCAAAGUUUUCAUCGUGGAGGUAAAGAAAAGACUGAAAAAAAGCUCUCAAAAGCGGAUGAAGGUUAUCUUACAGAGGACAGUACCAGCAGCCGUACCUCGGAUUUGCUUGCUUCAGCAAAGGCUCGCCCGUAUGGUCCUCUUGCUUCUGCAAUGAAAAAUCGUCGCCGCAGUAAAUCCGUUUCAGCUCAACCUACACCGUCCAAAGGCCAUUCCUCGAUUUUGCUCGGAAUCAAAUCGAAGAAAACAUUCGGCUCCAAUCAAAGCAUCGCUGGGGACAGCAAUCGUCUUUCGCGGUCAAAAUUCCGAACACCGGCCAUCGGUAAUCGGAUGCAGGCUGUCAGUGCUGAUCGUGGUAUGAGUUUGAUAACGCCCAAAGUUCAGCCAAAUACUCCGAUGGCGAUCCUCAGGCAUGCACGACUUGGUGAAUCCGUAUAUUCGGUAACCGGAAGCCCCGUUAUUACCUCUUCGAUGAUAGAAGAAACUGCCAAUGUUAACAUUCCUGUCGCUAAUGGAGUGCUAUCGAUACGUCCAACUGAGUUAGAUUGCGUUGAUCCGGGUCUGCUGCAGAAGAUCGACUCGGAUACUCUGGAACACUUAAAGAAGCUACAGUCAAAUCUUAACAUGAUAAUGCAAAUUGCGGAACAGCAGAACUCACAAAAGACUUAGAUUUUUUUUUAGUUUUUAUAUCAGUAUUUCUUUUUUUUCCUAGAAAUGAAUUUUUUUUAUGAUGAAUCAUGAAUAAUAUUUAAUAAACGGAA